CCUGCCACCGGCGCCGGGUCGCCCCAUGUCGGGUUUCCGCCGGUGUCGGCGGGGGCGGAUAAAAGGAGGCGCCGCGGGCGAGGCUCAGAGCGCGGCGCUGCCCCCGCCCGGCCGGCCCCAUGCAGCCCGCCAUGAUGAUGUUCUCCAGCAAGUACUGGGCGCGGAGGGGCUUCUCGCUCGACUCGGCCCUGCCGGAGGAGCGCCCCGCCGGCCUCACCCUAAACAGGUCGACUUCUGGGAAAAACGAGGAAAAGAAAGGGAAUAAGGGAAAUGGGAAAGGUGAAUCGGCUUCUGAAGGUGGAAAGACAGCUGUGGUGUUUUCCUUGAAGAAUGAAGUUGGUGGGUUGGUGAAAGCUCUCCGGCUCUUCCAGGAGAAACAUGUCAGCAUGGUUCAUAUUGAAUCACGAAAAUCAAAGAGAAGGAACUCAGAGGUGGAAAUUUUUGUGGACUGUGACUGCAGUAAAAAAGAAUUUAAUGAACUAAUCCAGUUGCUCAAGUUUCAAACUAAUAUCGUGUCUCUCAAUCCACCAGAGAACAUCUGGACUGAUGAGGAAGAUCUUGACUGUGUCCCUUGGUUCCCCAGGAAGAUAUCUGAAUUAGACAAAUGCUCACAGAGAGUUUUGAUGUAUGGAUCUGAGCUCGAUGCAGAUCACCCUGGAUUUAAAGACAAUGUCUAUCGACAGAGAAGAAAGUACUUCGUGGAUGUUGCCAUGAGCUAUAAAUAUGGUCAACCCAUUCCCAGAGUGGAGUACACAGCUGAAGAAAUUAAGACAUGGGGGGUGGUAUUUAGGGAACUCAGUAAACUGUAUCCCACCCAUGCUUGUCGUGAAUAUUUAAAAAACUUUCCUCUGCUGACUAAGUACUGUGGAUAUAGAGAGGAUAAUGUGCCUCAGCUAGAAGAUGUUUCUAUUUUCCUUAAAGAAAGGUCUGGCUUCACAGUGAGACCAGUUGCUGGAUACCUCUCUCCCCGAGAUUUUUUAGCUGGCUUAGCAUACAGAGUCUUUCACUGUACUCAGUAUAUACGACAUGGCUCAGAUCCUCUCUACACACCAGAACCGGAUACGUGCCAUGAACUCUUGGGACAUGUGCCUCUACUUGCUGAUCCCAAAUUUGCCCAGUUUUCGCAAGAGAUAGGACUCGCUUCACUGGGAGCAUCUGAUGAAGAUGUUCAGAAAUUAGCCACCUGCUAUUUUUUUACGAUUGAAUUUGGCCUUUGCAAACAAGAAGGACAGCUACGUGCUUAUGGGGCGGGACUUCUAUCUUCUAUCGGAGAACUAAAGCAUGCUCUCUCUGACAAGGCCAAGGUGAAAACAUUCGAUCCAAAGACAACCUGUUUGCAAGAAUGCCUUAUCACCACUUUUCAGGAAGCUUACUUUGUUUCGGAAAGUUUUGAAGAAGCCAAAGAAAAGAUGAGGGACUUCGCUAAAUCAAUCAACCGUCCCUUCUCUGUGUAUUUCAAUCCAUACACCCAAAGCAUUGAGAUUCUGAAGGAUACCAGGAGUAUAGAAAAUGUUGUCCAGGACCUCCGCAGCGAUCUAAACACUGUAUGUGAUGCUUUAAGCAAAAUGAACAGAUACUUAGGGAUUUGAUAUGUGUGGCACUGUGAUUUGCUGUCAGCUGCUUUUUCUGUAGCCGGUCUAGUAACAUCAUAUGAUAUGGCUAACUUUUCAAACCCAUUAAUUUUCCCUUUUCAGCUUGGCCUGUGGCUUGCAACAUUGUGUAGCUCUGUCUAAUUGUAAAGUGCAGACUAACCAAGGCAAUGCUAAUUUGUAAGCUCAACAUGGAGUGUGGCAGAAUAUAACCAGCAAUUCCUCAACACAAUGUUGUGUACAAGUACAACAGUAAAAGCUUGCCUGGCAA